AUGGCUAGAACGACCCAAAUAAAGCGCAAGCAUAUGCAAGUUGCUCGCUUUUGCCGGCAAUACCUCCAACUGGAGCCGGUCGUGGACUUCCCCGACGGCGAGUACCUGUGCGAUGCAUCAGUCCAGGAGACACUGUACGAGCAGCUUUUCAGCGAGGACAUCAAGAAUCCCGCGCCUCCGCGGUAUCAGCUGAGGAUCCUGAAAGAGCUGGUGAAAAGGAUUGAGGAAAGUAUCGAGGAUUGGGACCAAUAUUUCCAUGCGUUGAAGGGCCUCUCGGACAAUCUCUACACAAGAUUAUCCCAUCUGCUCUCGCUGCGGUUACCCUCCGAGGCCGAUGCCGCGCAGCAAAAGUGCUACGUCACUUACCACCUGUCUCUUCUCGAUCAAAAUCUCGGCGUCGGCAGUUAUGCCUUUAAACAAGAUCCGGAUCAACCGGGCCGGGAAGAGGUAUCGUCGGCUUCUCCUGACGAGGAGCCACACAUCACCCUCCUAGAAUCCCGCAACCUCAUCGCCGCCUCCGGCACCACCGGCCUACGCACCUGGGAAGCCUCCCUUCACUUGGGGCAGUACCUCCUCACGCAUCCCUCCCUCGUCUGCGGCAAGCGUGUGCUCGAACUCGGCGCAGGAACAGGCUACGUUUCUAUCCUCUGCGCCAAGUAUCUCGGGGCCAAACACGUCAUCGCCACCGACGGGUCAGACGAAGUCGUGGCCAACUUGCCUGACAGCUUGUUCCUCAACGGGCUCCAGGGGUCUGAUGCCGUCCAGCCGAUGGAGCUAUGGUGGGGUCACGCGCUUGUCGGCACCGAGGAGGCGCAAUGGAACGGAGGACGGGAAGUGGACGUGGUGCUGGGCGCGGAUAUCACGUAUGAUAAAAUCGUUAUUCCGGCGUUGGUCGCCUCGGUUGAGGAAAUAGUUGAACUAUUUCCCAAGGUGGAGGUGGUAAUUGCGGCGACGGAGAGGAAUCGGGAGACGUAUGAGAGCUUCCUGAGUGUGUGUGAAGGCAGGGGUCUGGAGGUGGUUCAUGCGGAGUUUCCGGUGCCGCCUAGAUCUGAGCAGACUGGGCCGUUCUAUAAUGAUCUGAUGCCGAUACACAUCUGUCAGUUGAGGCGGAAGUAG